AGUUUGGACCUUUUCGGCCACCGCUCGCUUCAAUAUGGCCGCCCCCGGGGAGAGACUAGGCACCCAUGAAGGAGCCGAGCGCAAACCCUGAGUCCCUCACACAUGGAUCGCAGCGCAGAGUUCAGGAAAUGGAAGGCGCAGUGUUUGAGCAAAGCGGACCUCAGUCGGAAGGGCAGUGUGGACGAGGAUGUGGUAGAGCUUGUGCAGUUUCUGAACACGCGAGAUCAGUUUUUCACCACUAGCUCCUGCGCUGGCCGCAUCCUACUCCUUGACGGGGGUAUAAAUGGUUUUGAGGUUCAGAAACAAAACUGUGGCUGGCUACUAGUUACACACAAACCUUGUGAAAAAGAUGAUGUGAUUGUAGCUCUGAAGAAAGCAAAUGGUGAUGCCACUUUGAAAUUUGAACCAUUUAUUCUUCACGUGCAGUGUCAACAAUUGCAGGAUGCACAGAUUCUGCAUUCCGUGGCAAUAGAUUCUGGUUUCAGGAACUCUGGCAUAACAGUGGGAAAGAGAGGAAAAAUUAUGUUGGCUGUCCGGAGUACACAUGGCUUAGAAGUUCCAUUAAGCCAUAAAGGAAAACUGAUGGUGACAGAGGAAUAUAUUGACUUCCUGUUAAAUGUGGCAAAUCAAAAAAUGGAGGAAAACAAGAAAAGAAUUGAGAGGUUUUAUAACUGCCUACAUCAUGCUUUGGAAAGGGAAACUAUGACUAACUUACAUCCCAAGAUCAAAGAGAAAAAUAACUCAUCAUAUACUCAUAAGAAACAAAGAAACCCAGAAAAAGCACAUGCCCAGUGUAUUACUAAAGAAAAUGAUAAAGAACUUGAAAAUGAUGAUGACGAUCUAGGAAUCAAUAUUACCAUCUUCCCCGAAGGCUACUAAGCUUUGGUUCUGACGUGUCUUGGUCGUAACCUUUCUAGUAGGUUUUAUAAAGCUGCUCUUUAUAAGAGUAUUUUAGUUUGUUGAGUGUACCAGCCAUUUAGAAAAAUAAGAUGUAAUUUCUCUACAUUUUAGAGAAACCUAUCUUAUGAAAAUAGAUGUCUUUUUAAAAUAGCUUUGUGUGUUUGCUCAUUGAAUACUGCCUUUUUUAGUCACAUAGAGAUUUAUUGCAAAAAUAAAAUUGUGAUUUUUUAAUGAC